UUUCAUACGAAGUAUUAUUCCUCCUAUUUCAAUAAGCUCAUCGCCUAAUGGCGUUUUGAGUUUCUCACAAAUUAAGACUCUGGAGUGGAGGGGGGCUACGAGCUUUCCCAAAAGAGUGCAGAUCAAAAAUGGCGUUUCUCUUCCGUAAAUUUCAAGAGGGUGUGAAAACUCUUGCUAAAAGUCCCACAUUUGCUAAAGAUCCUAGGCGUCUCCAAUUUGAAGCGGACAUUAACCGUCUCUUUCUCUAUACCAGCUAUUACCGUAUAGGGAAAGAUGCUGAUGAGGCAGAUGUGGAGGAAAUAAUUGAUAUGGCUAACAAAGCUCCCUUGGCUGACCAACAACAGCAAGUUCAAGAGAAUAUUCAUUCUCAAAUGAAAACUUUCUGCACGCUUAUGGAUGAAAUUCUACUUCCUGACAAGAAAAUUGACAAACAAUUUGAAUCAGCGCCAAUAAAUAAGGAUCCGCCGCAAAGUGGGCUUAAGUUUGCAAUUGGCCAUAGUGGCAGCUCUCCGAGGAACCAUUCUGUUGUACCUGAGACGAAACCGUUAAAGCUUGCUGAUGUAAGUCAAGCUGUUAAGGAGCAUCUAGGUUACUCACUUGCGGUCCGACCUUCUGAAGUUCCACAUAAGGAUGCUGGUCGUGGUCUAUUUUUGGAAGGUGAAGCUGAUGUUGGUUCCGUAAUAGCAAUUUAUCCUGGUGUAAUCUACUCCCCAGCAUACUACCGAUUUAUUCCUGGAUACCCAAGAGUCGAUGCACACAAUUCUUAUUUGAUCACAAGGUAUGAUAGUACUGUGAUAAAUGCCCAGCCUUGGGCUGAUGGUAGUGAUGCCCGUGAAUUUUGGGACGGAAUGAACUCUCCUCAACCCACAAAAUUUCCGGAACAGAUAGUUCAGACUGGUUCUGAUCGGGUAUGGAAAAUGCUGAGCAAGCCUUUGCAAAGCCCUAGAAGUGGAAUCCGUGGUGAGAUUCUGGAACGGCGGAAUGCACUGGCCUUUGCUCAUUUUGCCAACCAUCCACCAAAGGACGUGAUUCCAAAUGUCAUGGUUUGCCCAUAUGAUUUUCCGUUGGAUGAGAAGGAUAUGAGAACAUAUAUUCCAAAUAUUUCAUUCAGAAAUGAAGAGGGAGUAAAGAUGAAGAGGUUUGGUAGUUUCUGGUUCAAGUCUGGGAGUUCUGUUGAUGGUACUUCUCCCACCUUGAAUUCACUUGUUCUCGUGGCCACUCGAGCAAUUAGCAACGAAGAGAUCCUCCUCAAUUAUAGGUUGAGCAACUCAAAACGCCGGCCAUCGUGGUACACCCCAGUUGAUGAAGAAGAGGACCGGAGGAGAUGGGGUUGAUUGUAUACAAUAACUCCCAUACCAUACAACAGAAACGGAGAUAGAGGUUCAGUUGUGCUUGCUCUAACAGCUGAUGAGUUUAAUGCUUUCUGAUGACCAUUAUCAGAAGCAAUAAUAGUUAUGAAUUGGUAUUUUCAUCACGAAGUGUUUGAACUUCUAAUUUCACAGAGGUCUAUAGGAUUUAGGAGUUGAUUGUAGCUGCUGAUUUAGCUGUGAAACAUUUUUGGUAAAUCCUACGACGUUGUUUAACACUUGAACUUGAACUGUCCUGCAGGCUGCAGGAUCAUACUCGCCAAAUGUCAAGUGAAGUAAUGGUGAAUUAUUCAUGUUCUGAGCAGAAGUUUGUUAAAUUUUUGAUUUCCUGUGUGAUUAAAUGUUCUUAUUGAUGUUGCUUUUGGGGAAUAUAGCCCUGCCAAGGUGAAAUGAAGAACCCUUUAUGUGAUGAAUACAAAAACUCGAGUGAUAUUAUCUACGGAGUACUUUGUAUCAGGUAUGAAUGUUAAAGACUGCUUGCUAGCAGGAGUUUUCAGGUAAAGAA